CUCCACCUCGUCUUCGCAAGCGCAAAUACGGAUAAGCUCUCGUCGGAUCGACGGAUGCCCCGGCGACCCAAUCUCAGGCUCUGACCAACCAACGCGCGCGCGCGCGCGCCGAGUCCUCGAACAAUGGCGGCGCUCAUGGCGCCGGGCCCCCGGGUGCUGCGCGUGCGCGAGGCGGCGCCCGCCGCCGCAUGCUCGACCGUCGCCGGUGGCGCGGCCGGGCGGCCGCUCGGGAUGUGGAGCGGCGGAGGUGGGAAGGUGGGGAGCAGGAGGAGGAGGAGGGAGAGAGGGGAUGGGGUCAGGGCGGAGGCCUACUUCUGGGACGUGUCGCGGCCGGUGGAGAUGGAGGAGAUCGACUCCAUGGACAAGCUCGACGACGCGCUCAGGUGGUCAGUCGAGAACAAACAGCCUAUCAUCAUCGACUGGAUGGCUAGCUGGUGUCGGAAAUGCAUCUAUCUGAAACCCAGACUGGAGAAGAUAGCGGGAGAAUAUCCAGGUGUCAGGUUCUACUUUGUGGAUGUCAACAAAGUUCCACAGACUGUGGUAAAAAGAGGGAACAUAACUAAAAUGCCCACUAUUCAGUUAUGGAAGGACGGAGAAUGGGCAGCGGAAGUAAUAGGAGGCCAUAAAGCAUGGCUUGUGAUGGAUGAGGUUAGAGAAAUGAUCCAGAAGCACAAGUGACUGAUUACCUAAAUCGAGCAAUUGAUAUAUACUGUAAAUAGAGAUUUGAGAUGGCCUCUUCAGAUAUUAAGUUGUAACGAGAUCAAUAAUUAAAGCAAUAUUUCAGCUCCUCAUGACAGGAGAGCUGACAAGUACUAGUGCAGACUCUCAAUCCAAUACUCCUGUAUUAGUUUGUACAGAACAGUAGACUUGAAAUUUACAGAAGAAUCAACAAUUUAAGGAGCAUAACCAC